CCGUCACUUUCCCACGCUCAGCUGUAAACAUUCUUACGUUUGUUUACCUUUCCAUAUGGACUAUCUUUUUACUAUUCCUUGACAGGUAAUCAUCUAAUCACCUCCUGCGUCGUUGCAAAGAACAUCAAUUGAACUGCCAUUACAGUAGUACGGUAAAGUGAAUUCAACCUGACCAAGUAUUACUCAGAAUUUGUUAUAUAAAUUAACAAAAUGAGAUGAUAAUCAUCUAGACUCUGACAUCAUCACCAUCAAUAUUCUUUCCGGAAUUUUCAUGCCAAAUGUGUGAUUACAGUUUGGAAGCGAACGACCACUCUUGUGAUUACGGGGACCCAGAAGAGUAUAGUGUGAGUGGGGACAAUAUGGCGGAGGGCCCGGGGGUCGGGGAGGAGAGGGGAUUUUUGGAUGAGGAAGAGGAAAUGGAUGUCUAUGCCCAGCUGGAACAAAAGCAGAAAGAUUUAACUCUGGCUGCUGAAUUGGGGAAAGCUUUACUGGAAAAAAAUGAGGAACUUGAGAGGAGAAAUGAACAAAUCAUGGAAGAGUUUGCUCAGAAAAUUGAGGAAUUAGAACAGGAGAAGUAUGAAUUGUAUCUUCAUUUGGAGAAAAAGGAAACGGAAUAUGAGAACACCAUUAAAGAGCUACAAUAUGACAUCAGUCAGCUGAGGGAAGAGCUUCAGUCCCAACAGCACCAGAGGUCAAACAGUGUCAAAGAGAGUUCCAUGGCAAUAAGGGACUUAACUCUGCAGAAUGAGCGACUGACAGAGGAUCUAAGGACAGCAUCAAUAAAGGAAAGGGAACUAGAAUCAGAGAACCAGAAUCUGAAGGAAAAAAUCACAGCAAGGAGUUCAUCCAUGCAUGUUCAUGUUGGACAGCUAGAAGUCCUGCAACAAGAUAUUAACGAGCUGCGGUCAAAGCGACAGGAAUUGGAAAAGAGACACAGUAUUGUUCUGGAGGAGAAGCAUGCUGUGACCUGUAGCCUGGAGGAGUCACAGGAACGCAUUCUAAUGUUAGAAAAGUCAAAACGGGAAAUUGAACAAACUGUCCAGAACCAGGAGCGAGAUAUCAUAGAACUCCAGGAGACCAACGUCCAGCUCCAAUCUCAGCUUCAUCACAUGUCUACAAAUCCUGUCACUUCUAGUCACCCCAAUAAAACACAGUCCUUGUCAUUAUUUAACGAGAUCUCUCAGUUGUCUCCUGAUCAUCUCUCACCCGUCACCUCACCCGAAUCAUCAAAAACAUUCCCUGUGGACUCUGACACCAGUGGGGGUUCCUUCUUACUGGACCUUAUGGAGGAGGAUGAGUACGAGUGUGACGAUGACCUUUAUCUGACCUCUCCAGUAUCACAGCUCCCUCUACACUCAACCCUCACUGAUUCUCAAUUCUUAGAAAACUUCCAGUAUUCAUCUCAGCAUUAUCAAGCAGAUAAAGAGUUUCAUGAAGAACUAGUCAGUGUAUAUUGCCAAUUGAAAGAUAUGUGUGCGAGUCUUCAAUAUGGACAUUCAGAUUCACAGGAGUGUUCAGAUUAUACAUUGUGUGAGGAUAUUCGUCCAGGUGUUUUGUCAGAUCUGCUGCAAGAGUUCAAGGAAUUAAUGCAGGAUGUUCUCACCUUUAGACCUACAAUUAUGGAGGAAUCUCAGGUGUGCUUAGAUGGAGAGGAUCUAAUAUCUGUAUCAGAGCUAGGCCAACACAUCACUGAUCUGAAGGAGGAACUGAGGGGUGCUCAGGGGGAUCUCAACCGGCUCAAGCAGGAAUUGACUCAGCGAGAUGCCCAGCUCGAGCAGAAAACUCAAGAGCUUAAGAAUCUCACAGGAAAGGUCUCCAUAUUAGAGUUGUCCCUGCAGCAUGAGGAAUUGUCUGCUGUUCAGCGUCAGAGGGACCAUCUACACACUGCGCUGCUUGUUAAGGGUCACAUGACUGAACAUGAAAUCAUCCAGCAGGCUCGACAGGAAAGGGACUUUGCAAUAGAAAAGAAAAAUAAAAUGGAAAUAGAAUUGGCAGAAUCCAGAUUUGAAUUGCUGAAUUUAAAAGAUCAAUUAAUGGAGGCCAUUCAACAAAAAAUGGUAUUAAGUCAGGAGCUAGAACAGUGGCAGAGUGAUAUGGAACACCUAUUUGAUGUUCAUAUUGAGAAAAACUUUCAAAAGGACACUAAACAACAAGAAUUUUGUCGAGAGUUAAAAGAGAGCAUGCAGGGCAUGAGAAAAUCUAAAUCUGCGAUUAAUUUCUCCACGUAUCAUUAGCAGUGUUUAAAGCUGUUUAGAUAUGGUUUUAUGGGAUCAACUUCAACAAAUCCACCACUUUAAUGUGACAAGAAAACCGAAUGUCUUUCAACCAAGAAAACAAAUAUUUGGAACUUCUGUCUCAGUGUUCUCAAAACUUGAAGAAUAAUAUUUGCAGCUGAAGAAUGUAACAGAAAUUUUAGAACAAUUAUUGUUUAUUUAUAUUAAAUAAUGGGUAAUGCUAAUAUCCUGCCAGUUAUAUAUCAAACACGUCUGUAGAUCCAGACAGGUUUGCAUUAACAAGGACAUAUUGACUAUUUUUGUUUUCUACGUGAUAAAAACUUUAAAAAUAGUUUUUAUCACAUAUACUUGUGCUUGCCAUUUUUUUGUUGCAAUAUUAAAAGUUUUAACAUACUUAAAA